GGGGAGAUAUUCAGGAUAGGGAUGCAUCUAGAGGACAUUAAAGAACUGAUUGACAGGAACGUGCGUGAGCAGCAGCUCUCCCCACCCCACUCAUCCUCCACACUCCUGUCACUGUGUGGGGGUCCCAGUCUCCCUGGUCUGCUCACCCCCUCACUUCCACCACCCAUGCAUGAGGGUCUCACAUUACAGAUUCCAGGCCCCUGUUUUUCCACUGGUGGUUAUGAGACAGUGCAGAGGGAGGAAGAUGAGGAGGAUGAGGAAGAGGCCAGUGAGGUCCAUGGACAUGAUGGUUUAGACCAGAGCUGUGAUCUCACACCUGCUGACCCCCAACUGAACAGCACAGGACACAGCAGUGUCAGUCUACGGCUCUCACAGGGCUCCCUGGAGACAGUGGACAUCACCAACACGGAGGAAGAGGAGGAGGAAGAAGAGGAGAGGAGCUGGACCUGCUCGGGCCUAUCUGAGCGGAUAGCUCGUGAUAGGGUUCUGCAGUAUUUGGCUCUCCAGAACCCAGGAUUUCAAGACAGACUUUGGACAACUGAAAGCCUGCAGCAGAGUCCCCUGAGCCCAGACUGUGACCUGGGAGGGAGUGUGAGUCUGGCUGUAGAGGUUUCCUGUUCCUCUUGUCUGAAGAGCCAGUCCCAGAGCAUCACAGACCACACUCUCACCACUUCCCAGAGAAUAGUGAGUCCAGAGACAGACAGUGGGUUAGGGAGCUCUGACUUGAGUCUCCAAGCCACAGGACUUUCUCAACCAAAACUCCAUACAGAAAGGCUCCAGCUCCAGCCUGAUGGGAAUUCCAAUCCUAUCAGUAUGAGUGACAGUGAAGGCUCCUGCACCAACCUGCAGACCACUAUGCAUCAGCCUGUACAGGUGGGAGAGAGGAGACCUAACCCGCAGAGAAAUGUCCAUUCAACUGGGCUGACCGGAAAAGCGACACCUAGCCUGCAGUCUACAGUCCAUCUGACUAGGGAUAUUGGAGAGAGGAGACCCAGCCUACAGACACCUGCUGAGCUGCAGCUUUGCACCACUGCGGUGGACCACUGUGUGACCAGCACUACUCAGAGUGUACCUGCUGGACUGCAUGAGGGUGAAUCCCACACUACCAGUCAGCUCAGUCAUCACGGCCCUGACUGCCCAUUCAAAACCUCCCAUAGCAUCACCAUGGAUAUGCCACAGAGAGACUGCCACUCCCACACCUGUUCCUGUCACAGGUCAGUCUCAAGGUACUGAGUAUUCAAAACCUCCCUACAGGAACAGGUAGGCAUCUCUCUGUGGAUAUGCCACAGAGAGAUGCCACUCCCACACCUGUUCCUGUCACAGGUCAGUCUCAAAGUACUGAGUAUUCAAAACCUCCCAUAGCAUCACCAUGGAUAUGCCACAGAGAGACUGCCACUCCCACACCUGUUCCUGUCACAGGUCAGUCUCAAAGUACUGAGUAUUCAAAACCUCCCAUAGCAUCGCCAUGGAUAUGCCACAGAGAGACUGCCACUCCCACACCUGUUCCUGUCACAGGUCAGUCUCAAAGUACUGAGUAUUCAAAACCUCCCAUAGCAUCACCAUGGAUGUGCCACAGAGAGACUGCCACUCCCACACCUGUUCCUGUCAAAGGUCAGUCUCAAAGUACUGAGUAUUCAAAACCUCCCAUAGCA